CCGCCGCUCCCCCAGGCCCCGCCCCCGCGCCGGCCCCGCCUCCGCCUCGGCAAGCGCGAAGCCGCUGCGCUACGGAGCGCGGUGAGAGCAGGUGGCCGCGACGGGCUCGUCUGUGCCCCGCAGGUAUGAAGCGGCCACUGAGCCCAUCUCCCCCGGGUGAGAAGGAGCCCCCCGGAGGAUCUGCAGCUGCUGAGUGCCCCCCUCGGCCUCCAGAACCACCUAAACCCAAGCGGGAAAGAAAACGGCCGUCGUACACCCUCUGCGACGUCUGCAACAUCCAGCUGAACUCGGCAGCCCAGGCCCAGGUGCACUGUGGGGGGCGGGCCCACCAGAGGCGCCUGCGGCAGCUCAGCUUGGGAAAGACGCCCCUGGGGCCAGCAGGCCCGGCCUCCAGCACCCCCAGCCCCCUGCUGGCCUCCCUGCCCCUGCCCGCCAGGCCUCUGCAGCCCCCGCUGGACUUCAGGCACUUGCUCGCCUUCCACUUCAAUGGUGCCACCCCGCUCAGUCUCUUCCCCAACUUCAGCACGAUGGACCCGGUCCAGAAGGCCGUCAUCAGUCACACAUUUGGGGUUCCCUCCCCUCUGAAGAAGAAGCUCUUCAUUUCCUGUAACAUCUGUCACCUGAGGUUCAACUCAGCGAACCAGGCCGAAGCACACUACAAAGGCCACAAACACGCCAGAAAACUCAAGGCUGUCGAGGCCACCAAGAGCAAGCAGAGGCCGCAAACCCUGGCCCAGGAUGGGACGCUGGUGUCCCCAUCCCCGACUCCAGCCAGUGGAGCCCCUGAAGAGCCACAGAGCAAAGCAGUUCCUGCAGCCCCUCCUCCUGGUCCCAAAGUCCAGCCACCCCUGAGUCCGGAACCCAUGGCCAGGGAGCCGGCCCACUCAGACGUCUUGGAUGCUGCCUCCUCUUCCUCCUCUUCCUCUUGCCCACCCUGCUCCCCAGAGCCUGGGAGAGAGGCGCCAGGGCCUGAACCGGCGGCGGCUGCUGUGGAAAGUGGUGUGAGUGGGGAAGGCAGGAGCGAGAAGGGGCGCCUCUACUGCCCCACGUGUAAGGUGACCGUGAACUCCGCCUCCCAGCUUCAGGCUCACAACACAGGAGCCAAGCACCGGUGGAUGGUGGAAGGUCAGCGGGGCGCUCCCCGCAGGGGCAGGGGCCACGCAGUGCCCCGGGGAGGAGCUGGACACAAGGCCAAGAGAGUGACGGGGGUCCGCGGGGGCCGGCAGGGGCCCAGGCCCCCUUUCCACUGUGCUCUCUGUCAGCUCCAGGUCAAUUCGGAGACCCAACUCAAGCAGCACCUGAGCAGCAGGAGGCACAAAGACCGCCUGGCCGGGAAGCCCCCCAAGCCCUCCAGCCAGCACAGCAGGCUGCAGAAGCACGCAGCGCUGGCUGUGAGUAUCCUCAAGUCUAAACUGGCCUUGCAGAAGCAACUCACCAAGACGCUGGCAGCCCGCUUCCUGCCCAGCCCGAUCCCCACCGCGGCGGCAACCAUCUGUGCCCUCCCAGGGCCCCUGGCCCUCCGGCCUGCGCCUACGGCAGCCACCACCCUCUUCCCGCCUCCGAUCCUGGGCCCAGCUCUGUUUCGCACCCCAGCAGGAGCCGUUCGCCCUGCCACGGGACCCAUCGUCUUUGCCCCCUAUUAG